AUGUCUGCGGUAAGUCUCCAGGUAGGAGCACGGUUGUUACAUUACCACAGCCAGUGGUUUCAAACAACUCAAGACAAAUUAGUACUUCAGAUAGUGAAGAACGGAUUUAUUUUAGAUUCCAGCUUUUACAGGAGUAAAAGAGACAGUUGUACCCAGAGUAGGUACAAAAAGAUCUUCUAUAUUAGAAGAGGUAAACUCUUUGUUAGAAAAACAUGCUAUAGAGCCUGUCCCGACAAGUGCAGAAAAUCAGGGUUAUUACAGAACAAUAUUCAUGGUACCAAAAAGACAAGGAGGUCUCAGACAAAUUCUAAAUUUAAAACCACUAAACCAGUUUGUCAUACCUCAUCACUUCAAAAUGGAAACCCUCCGAUCGAUUCUAAAAAGUCUGAAAAUUGGGGACUUGGCAGUAAAACUGGAUUUGCAAGAUGCUUAUUUCCAUAUUCCCAUUCACAAACAUUACAGAAAAUUUCUACGCUUCAGCAUUUUGGGAAAAAGUAUCAAUACCGAGCUCUACCAUUCGGUCUACGAUCGGCUCCAAUGAUUUUCACAAAAGUGAUGGCAGUAGUAGGGGCGUUUCUGCGAAAACAAAUGAUUCACAUAUUUAUGUACCUGGUCGAUUGGAUGUUAAAAAACAGCAGCAAAGUUAAGCUGACAAAACAAUUACAGUACACUCAAGAAUUGUUAAAAAAUCUGGGUUUGAUAAUCAAUGUGAAAAAAUCUUGUUUAGUUCCGACUCAAACAAUAGAGUAUCUGGGAGCAGUGAUUCAUUUAAAAGAAGGUCUUGUGUUUCCGUCUCUAGAGAGAUUAAAAAAUAUAAGUCAGAUGAUUCAAAUAUUCCUAAAUUCACAAACAGUAGAGGCACGUGUAAUGUUGAGACUACUUGGUUAA